AUGACGAUCGUAUUGCUCCAUCGGGAUAGGAGGUAUAGCGCUGACCACGCUCUUACCAAAUUCACUACGCGUGUUGAUUGUUUCAUGUUUCUGUAUUCCCUCCUCCUCCGAGACCUAUUAAUCUCCCUACUACUCUCAUCACCGACUCAAGGAGCCAGACACGUCCCCCUUUUUGAUGUGCCGUUCUCAACCUACGCCAACUUCUUCCCUCUAGUCCAGCCCAAGGCGCUGAGUUACCAUUAUCGAUCCAUAUGCGGCCGAGACACGGCGAGAUUCAAUACAGGAUUAAGACAACUAUCAUUGCUACCCAACCUCCCAACGCACGUCCGUCACAUGGGUUUCGAUGCACUUCUCUACUUCUGUGAAUACGAAAACAUCCUGUCUGAGGAGAUUCCUCUCCCUCUAUGCGAUAAACUAGUAUACUAUGGAAACAGUUACAUCUAUCAUGAGAUCUAUUUCAACUGCCUUCGGGCAACAGGCAUGUACGACGAUUUUGAGGAGCCUCUCUCUCUCGAAAGUUCACUACUCGUCCAGGAUAUCACCAACGCGUUUGGCGGUAUGAAGGAACUGUUUGAGGAACUUUUAGAGGCUGCUCUCUCGCUGGAUGGAUACGGUUGGGUUUGGUUACUUAGCCUUCCGGAAGGACUCUCCGUGAUAACGUCUCAUGAUUAUGAUGGCAUCCAUGGUGACCAAAUUUACGCCAUUUUCAACGUCGAUCUUUGGGAGCAUGCGUAG